AUGGCUGCGGCAUCCGCCGUGCUGCUGUGUGAGGUACCGCUGAGCACCGUCAGCGCGCCGGGCAGCGCGGAGACAGAGCGCGCCGAGCUCCGCGACCUCAUGUCGUCGCCCGCUCGCCCACCGUUCGACUCCUCUCCGCGUGUCGGCGCGGACAAUCCGCCUGCAUUGCGCGUGCCGUGCGCGCAGGAGCGGCAGGAGGCGCAGGAGCGUCUGGAGGCGUUGUGGCAGGAGGUAGAGGAGAGCGACAGCACGCGCAGCCUGCGGUCGCCCAGCGAUGCGUCGCCCGCUGCGACCUCGUCGCCCCGCCGCCAUGCCAGCGGUAGCUUCACCAAUCGACGCGUUCGCUCGCUGUGGUCGGCGGGGUCGCCGCUCUCGUCGCCGCAGCACACGCGCAGCGCGCGUCCACAACGCGCCAGUGGUCGGCUGCGGCCGUGCCCUUCUCCUUCUCCUUCUCACCGCUCCACCCCUCCGCGCUCCCUGCGGACGCCCAAGCCGCCGCAGCGUCGGUGGCGCGCGCUGUAUCGGCGACGAGCGCCGAGGCGCCGGGUAUUCUGGAGAGCCGCACCUUCGACCCAAUCGCGUCGCCCCCUCGCCGCCGCCCCGCCAGCGUCGCUCUCCGACGCGCGCAGGUCAGCGGAAGCGGAGGUUGUGGGUGGCGGUAGGAGCAGCCCGUUGCGGGGCGGCGGAUGGCGCAAGACCGCGGUGGGCGGCUGGCGCAGCGAGGGCGGAAGAGAGCCGACAGUGACCGCUGAGAUGGGGGAGGGCGCGGGGGAGAGGGCGAGUGGCAGGGGAGGAGGACAAGGGCCCGCAGCAGAGCGCACAGCAGCAGGCGCUCAAAGUGCUGCACCAGCGAUGCCCGCCCCUGUCGCCCUCCACCUCCCCACUCGCCUCCCCCAUACCCUCCCCGACCGCCUCUUCUACCGACCCCCGCAGCAACAAGCAUCCGCCAAGUCGCUCACUGAGGUCGCCGCGCUCCCCCUGUGCCGCAGCAGCAGCAGCCGCGUCGCCGCGGUCGCAGGUGGUGGUGGUGCGGAGCUUUGUGGAGCACCGCAGGCGAGUGGCGGAGGCGGAACAGAGAGAGGCGGCGGAGCUGGGGGAGGUGGCGGCGGCAGGGCGCGCGGACCCGGGGAACGGGGGGCAGGAGGGCAGGCGGGGAGGCGUGAGUUGGAAUGGGGCAGUGCAGAGCUUGGACGCGGCGGUAGCAGCAGGGGGUGCAGUGGGGGAGGCAGAAAGGGGUUCAGGGAUCCAGCAGGGGAGCGGCAGGGUCGCGGAAAGGUUGGCGCCUGCCAUGGCGGGCACAGAGGGCGUGCAGUUCGGGGAAGAGCGGAUGGACGCGGGCAUGACACAGGCAGGCAUCGUGGGCGAUCCACAGUGCAGGGGCGGAGGGCACAUGCCGGUGUGGUGAGGGCGAGCAGGUGCGCGUUGCAGGCGACGGUGGGAGGUGGCAGUCCGCCAGCGAGCAGUGCGGGUGGGGAGAGGGGCAGGUGGGCACGGGGAGCGAGGCAGGGAGGAGGAGCAGGUCAGAGCGGUUUUAAGUGCGAGGCAGCAGCAGCGAGCGCAGUGGCUGCAGCAGCAGGAGUGGCAAGAGCAGGAGGGGAGGCAGCGAAGCAGAUCCAAGGAAGGUGCCACGGUGCAGUGGGCGCCCCUCCCCACCACCACCCACCUCCCCCCCCGUUCCCCGCCAAGCUUCCGCCCCUCCCCGCCCCGUGCUUCCCCUCCAUUCCGAUGGGGCCCUCUUCCCCCACCGCCCUCUCACGGCAACGCCCUGCCCUGCGCCCAGAGACCUCUACCCUGCAUCCCAGCAGGCGUGGCUCACAGCGGAUGCUGGGCACGGCAGGGCACAGGCAGGAGGAGGAGGCGAGGCAGGAGAGGCGGGGCGAGUGGGGCCAUGCUUAUGAUGCACGCGGCGCGCACGCCAUGUCUGCCAGCUUCCACAGCCGCUCCUCUCCGCCGUCCAAGCCACCUCAAAGCCCCCGACCUGCUCUGAGCCCCAAGCCACGCUCACACGCACCGCGCAGCUCUCCCCUCCCACCCCCUCCGCUCCAACCCCGUGGUCCCUCCACUCUCUCUCGCCCCGCCCCUCGCCCCUUGCCACUCGCAUCACAGCCCCCUCAACAGCCCCCUGGGCAGUCCUUUGAGCAGCCCGCGCGGUGCUGUGAGUCGCAGCAACUCAGCACGCACCCGACCGACCCUGCCAAGUCCCCACUCCCAGCUGUCACCCGCGUAGCAACCACAUGCCGCCCGCCCGCUGUGUUCUCUUCCCUAUUGGGAACUGUGAGCCGCAGCAGACAGCGCGUGGCAGUGAGGGCGUGGCACCCGCUGCUGCCAGUGGGCAGCAGCCACGGCACGGCAUGCAAGCCCUCGGGCGCCCAGCAGCCCUGCUCCCUCUCCCAGCCCACGCGCACAGGGCAGGCAUGCACUUCAGCAGCUGCCAUGCUGCCGUUGGCCCUACCACGGGAGGCAGAGCUGGGGUUGGGCAGAGUGGCAGUGGGGCAAGAAGUGGUGCGAUGGUUGGGGCAGCGGAUGAUGGCAGCGGUGGUGGUGGGCAGCAGGCUGGGGGGCGUCAUGGUGGGAGUGGGGCAGUGGAGCGGAGUGUGA